ACCGCGUGCAGCGCGCUUUCACCCUCGCGCUCUUCACCGCCGAACACCGACACCGGACACCGACACCGGACACCGGACACCGACACUCCGUGCGCUUUUAAGGACACAUCUCCCUCUCCAUCUUUUCUCCCCUUGCCUCUCUUUUGGAUGUCAUUACGAUGGGACUCUUUGAUGCUCUCCGAGAUUUCAGUUUACUGACAUGGCUGAGGGAAGAGAGACAGUCCAGGAGGUUGAUCCUGUUCAUUGUUUUUAUUGCUUUGCUGUUGGAUAACAUGCUGAUGACGGUGGUGGUACCCAUUAUCCCAGGCUACCUGUACUCGGUGGACAAUGAGGCUUCCACUGCAGUCAGCAACUACUCCGUCUCCUCUCAGUCUCCGUCUGCAACCUUCCAGACCAUCGUCUCUCUUUACGAUAACUCCACUCACCUGACCAACUUCGUCCCGCAGGUCAGCACCCCAGGCAUGACCUUGCCCCCGACUCCGACCCCAGCUCCAAACGCCUCUGACUGCCUCAAAACGGACAAGCAGCUACUGAACGAGAACGUAAAAGUAGGGCUCCUGUUUGCCUCAAAGGCCACUGUGCAGCUCAUCAUCAACCCAAUCAUCGGACCUCUCACCAACAAAAUAGGCUACCAGAUCCCAAUGUUCGCCGGAUUCUGCAUCAUGUUCCUCUCAACAAUCAUGUUUGCCUUCUCGUCAAGCUACGCGCUGCUGUUUCUGGCCAGGUCCUUGCAGGGAGUCGGCUCUUCAUGCUCCUCUGUUGCAGGUAUGGGAAUGCUGGCAAGUGUGUAUACAGAUGAUGAGGAGAGAGGAAAUGCAAUUGGCAUCGCACUGGGAGGACUUGCUAUGGGAGUACUUGUUGGCCCACCAUUUGGCAGUGUGAUGUAUGAGUUUGUGGGGAAAACGGCUCCUUUCCUGGUCCUGUCUGUUCUUGCAGUGCUGGAUGGAGCUCUGCAACUGUUUGUGCUUCAGCCUUCUAAAGUUGAACCAGAGAGUCAAAAGGGCACGUCACUGAUGACCCUCAUGAGAGAUCCUUAUAUCCUCAUUGCAGCAGGGUCUAUUUGUUUCGCUAACAUGGCCAUCGCAAUGCUGGAGCCUGCCCUGCCAAUCUGGAUGAUGGAAACUAUGUGUGCCAGAAAAUGGCAGCUAGGAGUCGCCUUUUUGCCAGCCAGCAUCUCUUACCUAAUCGGAACGAAUAUCUUCGCUGUUCUGGCUAACAAAAUGGGGAGAUGGCUGUGCUCUCUCAUAGGAAUGCUGCUGGUUGGAAUCAGCAUUAUCUGUGUGCCUUUUGCGAAAGACAUCUAUGGACUCAUACUGCCAAACUUUGGGGUUGGGUUUGCAAUCGGCAUGGUGGAUUCCUCUAUGAUGCCAAUCAUGGGCUACUUGGUGGAUCUGAGACAUGUCUCUGUAUAUGGCAGUGUGUACGCCAUCGCUGAUGUAGCCUUCUGCAUGGGCUUUGCUUUUGGCCCCUCAGCCGGUGGAGCUAUUGCACGCAGUAUUGGGUUCCCGUGGCUCAUGACCAUCAUCGGCGUGGUGGACAUCCUGUUCGCUCCACUUUGCUUCUUCCUCCGCAACCCUCCAGCCAACGAAGAGAAAAUGGCCAUCCUGAUGAAUGUCAAUUGUUCGAUGAGGGCACGUUCCUACUCCACCCAGGGCUCCAGCUAUCAGAUGGGAGACGAUAUGGACUUGGACAGUCCAGAGUAGAUGCCUUUACCGGCUGUCAGACCUCGACUUUUGACCCCAUGACCCCUAGCUGUGUAUGUGCCCUUCUAGAGUUUAUUUUGCUGUAUCAAAAGGGUGAAUAGUGACUUUUAACAGAACCAUGUGGCUGAUUUUUAUGAGGAUACAUCCCUGACACUUCUGCUGAAACCAAAGCUGUUGUCAUUGUCCUUUAAAUUUAGCAUGAAAGUGGCACGUCGAAUCAAACCAACAGCCUUAGCUACACACACAGUGGGGCCAAUCUUUCAGAAAUAGGGUCUUUAAAGCCACCAGCAAGGAUACAAGACACUUUUAUUUCUAUUAAG